AUGCUCCGGCUGGCGAGCCGAGCCUUUGCGCUCAGACCAACCAGUCGACUGCCAUUGGCCGCAGUUAGACAGUUCCAUUACGUGCCGCCACGACAGGAUAAGCCUGGAAGCCACUCUCGAACAGACUCUGAAGUCGAGAUUGAGUAUCCUGCCGAGCAUGAGCUCCCGAGCAGCAAGCCGGUCUCUGCUGGUGGCCAGUAUGUUAAGCCCACGCUUCCCAGCUUCACUCUUGACGGAAAGGUUGGUGUCGUCACAGGUGGUGCAAGAGGAUUGGGGCUUGUGAUUGGCCAGGGAAUGGUCUACUCCGGGGCCGAUCUAGCCUUGGUUGAUAUGAACAAGGAGGAGGCUGAGAAACAGGCAAAGCUGAUUGUAGAUGCUUUCGUCAAGGAAAACCCCAAUGCCGAACGCAUCCCCAAAGUCACGGCACACUACGCCGAUGUUGCUGAUGCCGACUCUGUCGAACAGUGUAUAGCUGAGAUUGUCCAGAAGCACGGCAAGAUAGACAACUUGGUCACGUCGGCUGGCUUCACUGAAAAUUUCGAGGCCGUCAACUACCCAAUUGAUCGCCUUCGAAAGCUUUGGGCUGUCAACGUAGAUGGCACAUAUCUGUUCGCCACCUCAGUUGCUCGUCAUCUGAUGGAGAGGAAGAGCCCCGGUAGUAUGGUCAUGAUUGGCAGCAUGUCGGGAUCCAUUGUCAACGUCCCCCAGCCCCAAGCUCCUUACAACGCUUCCAAGGCAGGGGUUCGCCAUCUAGCAGCAUCCCUUGCCGUUGAGUGGGCCCAUGCUGGCAUCCGGGUCAACUGCCUUUCCCCAGGAUACAUGCUGACAGCGCUAACCCAGAAAAUCCUGGAUGAGAACCCAGAUCUGAAGCAGAAAUGGGUAUCUCUUAUUCCCCAAGGCAAGAUGGGCCUACCCCAAGAUCUCAUGGGCCCUGUGGCCUUCCUGCUCUCUGAUGCUAGCAGCUAUGUAACUGGCGCUGAUAUUCGAGUUGAUGGUGGCUAUACCGUUACAUAA